AUGACGGUUCUCCCGUACCAGACUAAGCCUCGGGCAGGCAGUGGACAGUAUGUAGCACACUGGGGUGGAGACAAUGCUGCGGAGUGGGGAGCCAUGUACCUUUCAAUCUCCCAGUCCUUCAUCUUCCAGAUGGUUGGUGUACCGGUCUUUGGCGUCGACACCUGCGGCUUUGCGAAUAACUCGACAGAACAGCUCUGUGCGAGAUGGAUGGAGCUAUCGGCGUUCUUCCCAUUCUAUAGGAAUCACUAUGCGGACGGCAAGAGACCACAAGAAGCAUACGUCUGGCCCACCGUUGCUGAAGCCAGUCGAAGGGCCAUCGGCAUACGCUACCAGCUUCUCUCGUAUCUCUACACCCUGAUGCAUUACGCCCACACCCGAGGAGACACAAUCAUGCGAGCACUUGCCUGGGAGUUUGCGAACGACGUCUCCCUGCGGGAGACCGACAACCAGUUCCUCGUGGGAUCUUCGGUUCUCGUCACGCCGGUGCUUGUGCCAGGAGCCGAUACUGUCAAAGGAGUAUUUCCCGGCAUCGGGAAGGGCACCAGAUGGUACGACUGGCAUUCUCUAAAAGAGGUGACUGGCGUCCAAGCCGGCGAGAAUGUCACCAUGGCGGCUCCUCUCGAGCACAUCAACGUCCAUGUCCGGGGCGGAGCGAUCCUGCCUAUGCAACAGCCGGGUUAUACCACUACGGCUACGAGGGCGAACCCAUAUAGUCUCCUUGUGGCGCUGGAUGAAAAUGACUGCGCUGCUGGAUCGAUUUAUCUCGAUGAUGGUGAGAGCAUCGUUCCUGAAUCGACUCGCAUGGUGGAGUUCACAUUCGCCGACAGCUGUUUAACGGCUCGCUCUUGGGGGUCUUAUCCCUCGGGCGCAGGUCUCGCGAACAUCACCGUGCUGGGUCUUGCAGGAGCUCCACAGCAUGUCCGCUUGCGUCUCGGCGGGCGAGACGUUGGCCACACGGAGACAGCAUACGAGAACGGUACCCUGAGCGUCAUGGGGCUAGAACACGCAACGAGAGCAGGGGCUUGGGAAGACACCAUCAAACUCUGCCUCAAUGAAGAGUGA